ACACUUAUACAACCUAAAUUAGAUUUAAAUAAUAAUAUGUAUUUAAACUCACUAGUGAGUCCCGAGUAGACUUCCUGACAUUGUACCACUCAAGGAGAGUCUAUCAAACAAUUAUAGAUCUUGAAUCUGAUGUAGCGCAAAUUGUCAAGAUCUUUGUACCUAAAAUGCCUGCCAAGCUACUAUACUACCUAGGUAUGCAUGAUAGCUGUAGCUUCAAAAUGGUUGAACGAAUGAGGACACUUUCCCAACCACCCCGUCUCUUUUCAACAUAUACAAAUCUCAUGGUGGCAGAAGUAAGGCUGAGCGUUAGGCUUCCUUCGACUCGAGCGUAUAGUAAUUUCGUUGCAUACAGUGACGUUGAUUUACAGCUCAUCUGCAAAAUGCCUGUCUCUAACCCAAACGAUAUGACCGACAAUUGUGUCUUUGUGACCAUCGGCCAGUUACUAAGCAUGACACCCGAAGCCGUGGCUGAGAAAACCGAAUACUUGCAGACGGCAGACGGCUCAGGAGGCAUACCAACACUAGGCGAGAUCCGCGCUAUUCUCGGUUAUACCGGUCGAAACUUCGAGUCUCAAGAAGGCAAUAACUUGCCUCCAAGUGGCGUUACGAAAUGCGGACUUUUGUACUACAGGAAGAACGGAUCUGGACAUGCUGUGGUCAUGGAAAAGUGGGGGUCAACUUGGUUGAUGUACGAUUACCAACAUCGUAGCGGGAGACAGAGGCUGGAUUGGAACACCGAGGUUGAUACAGUUGCGAUGACUUUCUGGUUUACUUAGUUAAAGAAAAACCUCGGCACUCAAAUCAGAUCAUCAUGGCUGAGUUGAUAAUGAAUGAAGAGGAAGGGAAACCCUAAAUAGGCAAGUCCGGG